AUGAAUCCAUAUAUGCUCGAAAGUGAGAGUCAAGUAAGGGUGUGGAGGGAAGAGAGCAAUGAGGAAGCAAUCCAAAACAAACAAGCUGUGGUGAUGUCUGCAACUCAGACUCAGGCUAUGGUGUUCUCCAAAGUCACUGUGGACCAUGAUGAAAUCAUAGAGGUGGGGAAGAAGGAAGGAUGGGAAAUGAUCCAUGAGAUGUGUUUGGAUAAACGGAAUCCCACCACCUACAUGAAUGGUGACAUAAUCCUAGGUGCAUUUAUCCCCAUUUAUGUCACACAAGAAUUACAACACCAAUUCCUGACACCUUUUAAGGAAAAACCGAAUCUUUUUGACGCCAUGAUAGGGAAAUGGAAAAACUACCAAUAUUUGCUGACUUUAUACUUUGCCAUUGAGGAGAUCAAUAAGGAUGCCCAUCUGCUUCCCAAUGUAACCUUGGGAUUCCACCUCUACAAUGCCUUUCACACUCACCGCCAAACUUUAGAGGGCCUUCUGAUGUGGUUGUCUGAAAGGAGUGAGUUUAUUCCUAACUACAAAUGCAAAACUCAACACAAAGCUCUUGGAAUCAUUGCGGGAAUCAGGCCUGAAUUUUCUGCUGCAAUUGGAACUCUUUUGGAACUCUACAAAAUUCCACAAGUAAGUUUUUCUUUGCUUCUUCAGAUCACAUAUGGAUUGUUUCAUUCUGUGCUAAGUGACAAAGAUACAUUCCAAUCCUUGUACCAGAUUUCUCCUCAAGAAAAAGCUCUGACCCAAGGGGUGAUCUUUUUAUUGCUGUACUUUGGCUGGAAGUGGGUGGGGCUCAUUGUGGCUGAUGACAUACAUGGAAGGGAGUUCCUCUCUGACCUGACAGCAGAGCUUGCUUCAGAAGACAUCUGUGUGGCUUUUACAGAAACAAUACCAACUUAUAUGAAAGUGGAUUUUCUCUUUGAGGUAGGGAUGGUGGAUUUGAGCCAACAUACAAAAGUAAAUGUGUAUGUGUUUUAUGGCGAUAUAGAUGAUGUAACGAUUUUCUACAUAGAAAAUGAAAUUAUAUCAAAGAGAAAGAAGAUGUGGAUCAUGGCAAAGCCCAACUUUGUUUACUUACAAUCUGUAUUUUAUAAGUGGAUUGGUUUGAUGUCCUUUUUUGAAGGUAGCUUCUCAUUUUCAAAGAAGAGAAAUAUCCCUGGCUUCAAGCACUUUGUCCAGGCACUUACUCCCUCACAUUACCCAAGUAGUAUUUACUUCCAUAAAUUCUGGCUGGACAAUUUUCACUGUUCACCUUCUCCUUUGCUAUGUGGAGUUCAAGAACUCUGCCCACUGAAUAUAUCGCUAAAGAAUAAACAGGAAAUACAGGUUGUGAUGAUCACUUCUGAGCCCAGCGUUUCCAUAUGGAAUGCAGUGUAUGCAGUGGCCCAUGCCCUCCAUGAAAUGCUUUUGAGUAAAACAGAAAUAGCUUCUCACAAAGACAUAAACCAGGACAGGCUUCUACCUUGGCAGGUAAAUACUUACUUGAGAAAAGUUCAUCUAACUGAAACAACUGGGGAGACAAUUACUCAAAUGAAGCCUGAGAAGAAGAAUCCUAUGGAAAAGUAUGAUAUACAAAACUUUGUGGGAUAUACUAAUCAUGAUUCAUUUGUAGUUAAAGUAGGAGAGUUUGUCUCCAAAAGUCCACAAGAUAAAGGCUUGUUCAUCAAUGAAGUUCUGAUCAAGUGGCCAAGCAACUUCAAUCAGAAUCCUCAAUCUGUAUGUUCAGAGAGCUGUGGUCCUGGUUUCUGGAAACUUACAGAAGAAGGAAGACCUGCCUGCUGUUUUUCUUGUGUGUUUUGUCCAGAGAGGCACAUUUCCAACCAGACAGAUCAGCAGGAGUGUAUCCCUUGUCCAAUUCAAGAGUACCCAAACCCUGAGAGAAACAACUGUCUUCCCAAGUCAAUGACAUUCCUAUCUUUGGAAGAUUCUCUCGGGUUGGCUCUGGUCUGUGUAGCUCUCUGCUUCUCUGUCAGCACAGCUGUAGUUUUGGGGAUCUUCCUCAAACAUCAAGACUCGCCCAUCGUUAAGGCCAAUAACCGGACACUCAGCUUCAUCCUGCUCAUCUCCCUCCUCCUCUGCUUCCUGUGUUCCCUUCUCUUCAUUGGCCAGCCAAGCACAGCCUCCUGCAUAUUACAACAAAUUACAUUUGCACUUGUGUUCACUCUGCUUCUUUCCACUGUUUUGGCCAAAACUAUAACUGUAGUUCUGGCCUUUAAAGUUGUAAAACUAGGAAGAACAAUGAGAAGACUGUUUGUCUCGGGCAUCUAUAACUCUGUCAUCCCCAUCUGUUUCCUGAUGCAGCUUAUUCUCCUGGGAGUCUGGAUGGGAACCUCACCUCCCUAUAUUCAAGCAGAUGCACAUUCUGAACAUAGUUACAUCAUCAUUUUGUGCAACAAGGGCUCAGUCACUGCUUUCUACUGUGUGCUGGCAUACUUGGGGAUCCUGGCCCUAGGAAGCUUCACUGUGGCUUUCCUGACUAUCUCAUAA